AAAAGAAGAAAAAUCUUAAGCUGUUUAUCACCGCCGAGCUUCCCCAAUGGCUGUGGUGGCGCCACCGCUCUUCCCCUACUACCCUCGCUACCAUCAGCGCCCUCCGUUCACCCCGCUUGCUCAUAGCAUAGUAACUCUUCCCACUUCCCCUUCAGCAAUUCUCUCAAAAUCGACACCUCUUUCAGCUUCUUCUACUUCAGAAGCCUCUCAGUUCAGUCUCCCCCAUGAGAUAAAUCGACUCUGUGAAUCCCAAAACCCAGCAGAAGGCUUGAGCUUUUUGCAAGAGAAUCUCAACAAUGGCGCCUUUGACUCGAUUCAAAAGGCCGAGGCCAUAGGUGCGCUGUUGCGGGCCUGCGGUAACGAGAAGGACCUCGAAACUGGGCGCAAGGCGUAUGAAAUGAUCUGCGCAUCGGCCUUGCUCAGGAAUAACUGUAUUCUCAAUACUCAACUCAUCACAAUGUACUCAAUGUGCGAGUCUCCUUUAGAUUCUCGGGCGGUUUUCGAUAGUUUGCAGAACAGAAAUUUGUAUCAGUGGAAUGCUCUUGUGAGUGGAUACACCAAAAAUGGGCUCUGGUGUGAUGCCGUUUUGCUGUUUAUUGAGUUGAUAGUAAGUGCAGAAUAUCGGCCUGAUAAUUUCACGUUUCCGUGUGUGAUUAAGGCUUGUGGAUGGCUUUACGAUGUGGGGUUGGGAGAAACUGUUCAUGGGAUGGCAAUAAAGAUGGGUUUCUCAGCUGAUGCGUAUGUUUGUAAUGCCUUAAUAGCAAUGUAUGGGAAGUUUGGGUUUGUUUCCGAGGCCGCAGUGGUGUUCGAUAAAAUGCCUGAGAGGAACUUGGUUUCAUGGAAUUCAAUGAUAUCUGCUUUUUCAGUUAACGGACGUUUCCUACAAACUUUUGAUCUUUUCAGGAGAAUGUUAAUGGCAAAGGAAGUUUUGAUUCCGGAUGUUGCUACAUUAGUGAGUAUAUUACCAGUUUGUGCUGAGGAAGGAGAAGUUGAAAUGGGAAAACAGAUUCAUACUUUUUCUGUGAAAUUGGGUUUGAAUGAGGAGUUAACAGUGAACAAUUCCUUAUUAGAUAUGUACAGUAAAUUUGGGUGCUCAGAUGAAGCCAGGAUUCUUUUUGAGAAAAAUGAGUGCAAAAAUGUAGUUUCUUGGAAUUCAAUGAUCGCGGAUUAUUCUAGGGAAGGAGAUGUUAAGGGAACAUUUUGUCUUGUGAGGGAUAUGCAAAGCCUUGGUGAUGGAGUAAAGGUUAAUGAGGUUACUAUAUUGAACGCUUUGCCGGUUUGUUCAGAGGAGUCGGAGCUGGUGAGAGUUAAGGAACUGCACGGGUACUCCAUUAGGCAUGGGCUAGAGAGUCAUGAAUUGUUAGCAAAUGCUUUUAUUAUGGCUUAUGCAAAAUGCGGUUCUCUUACUUCUGCAAAGCAUGUCUUCUAUGGCAUGGAAAAUAAGACGGUGAGCUCUUGGAAUGCUCUUAUAGGUGGCUAUGCACAAAACGGAGAUCCAUCUGAAUCUUUCAGACUGUAUCGGAAAAUGAUAGGUUUAGGUUUUCAUCCCGACUGUUUUACCAUUAGUAGCCUUCUUUUAGCUUGUGCUGAGCCGAAACUGCUACAAUAUGGUAAACAGAUACACGGGGCUGUGCUUAGGACUGGCUUAGAAACGGAUCCGUCUAUUUUUGUUUCAUUACUUUCGCUUUAUUUUAACUGUGGAAAUCCAUUGUAUGCACAAGUUUUAUUCAACGGGACAGAAUAUAGAAGUUCAGUGUCGUGGAAUGUAAUGAUUGCUGGUUAUUUGCAGAAUGGUCAAGCGGAUGAAGCCUUACGCACCUUCCAUGAAUUGGUGUCUCUUAGGGUCCAACCCGAUGAAAUUGCAGUAACAAGUGCUUUAGCAGCUUGUUCAAAGUUAUCGGCUUUGCAGCUGGGCAAGGAAAUUCAUUGCUUCGCAUUAAAGGCUAAUUAUACUGAUGAUACUCUUGUCCGCUGCUCGAUUAUGGACAUGUAUGCCAAAUGUGGGCUAAUAGGAUUAUCAGAAAUUGUUUUCAAGAAUUCGGUAUUAAAAGAUGUUGCACCGUGGACGGUCUUGAUUUCAGGAUGUGCAGUUCAUGGACUUGGUACGAAGGCUAUUAAGCUAUUUCAAGAAAUGCAAGAAUUCGGUCUGAACCCUAAUAGCUCUACAAUUACUGCUAUUUUAAUGGCAUGUAGCCAUGCUGGGCUCAUCGAAGAAGGUCUGAAAUAUUUUGGCGAGAUGCAGACUUUGUAUGGUGUAAGACCUAAAUUGGAGCACUAUUCAUGUGUGAUCGACAUGCUGGGUCGUGCAGGACGAUUUGCCGAGGCAUUAAGUCUUGUAAACCAUAUGCCCGUGCAACCGGAUACUGGGAUUUGGAGCUCGUUGCUAAGUUCCUGCAUUUUUCAUGGCGAGUUGGAUUUGGGAAAAAAUGUUGCUGAGAAAUUGUUAGAUUUAGAGCCAAAUAGAGCAGAAACUUAUGUGUUGGUCUCAAACUUAUUUGCUGAAUCUGGGAACUGGAAUGAUGUAAGAAGGUUGAGAAGGAUGAUGAAAGAAAGAAACCUGCAAAAGGAUAUUGGCUGCAGUUAUAUCGAAGUUGGGGGAAAAUUUCAUAAUUUUGUAGUUGGUAACAAUAUACUUUCUGAAUCUUAAGUUUUGGUACGAGAAUGCCAUGGUGGAUUGAAUUCAUUAUAUCUUGUGAAGAAGUUUAGGUUGGUGAUGCUGGUCUUGCAGGCUGUAGAGUUCUGUAAUUUAGGGCUAAUAUGGACCACUAGUAAUGCCUAUUACUUACCAUAUGAUGGGCAACAAGAUGGAAUUGAUUUCAAGAAUGGUAUGCUUGAGCCCCGGGCUUAUCGUAGUGGUUUGUCGUCUAACUUGAUGUCACGAUUGAAGACGUCAGUACGGGGGUCUAAAUCUCACUGAAUGGAAAAAAGGUUCGGGAUGAAGGUGCGGAUUAGAUCCCUUGUGCGCACAUAAUUUACGAUUUACCUAUGCAGUGGCUCUAGGGUGGGUCCUAUUGGCUUAGGAUUAACUCUUUUAAGCUGCCCUAACUUGUAUAGAAGAUAUUAUAAUAUCUUGUUUGUUGUUGCUUA